AUGUUCUCCUCUUCAGUCUAUUUUCUCUUUACUUUAUUCCUCUUCUUGAGAUUAAAUUUUAAUGUUGUUGGAAUGGAUUUGGACAGAAAUGGAUGUGGAAAAACUAAAGGAUGUCUUUUCAGACCUAAUGGAUGUAAUCCAAUGCUGGAUUGUGCUAUAGCAAUUGUUUUUACAAUUUCUGGGAAGAAUCAAUUAUAUAUCCAGAUGGCAGCACAAAGUAUUUAUCCUCCACCACCACUUCAAUAUAUUGCUAUUGGAUUUUCACACGACAAAUUAAUGGGAAACGAUUUUGUAAGUGAAUGUGUACUUAACACUGAUGGAAGUUUAUUUAACGAUGUAGAAGUUUAUGCUUCUUAUAAUUUAGAAAAGUCUAGGAAUGACAGAACCUUAUUAAAUUCUACAGAACGUUCCUUGUUAUAUGGUAAUGUUGAAGGAAAAAUGGAAGAUGGACGUCUUUAUUGUUCCUUUACUCAAGCAAUUCGCCCCCAAUUUUCCCUUUCUUCAUCUCGAUCAAAUUUAAUUUGGAAUUUGGACAAACCAUUUUGGAUAAUGGGGGCGACUGGAGGUGCUCAACCUGACGGUUCUCAUUUUUACCCAAUAUUAUCCUCAAAAGUUAUUGAUAUUUCAACUACUUCAUCAAAACAUUAUGAUUUACCUAUUCAAUAUCAAGAAAAUGAAACUAAAAAAUUUAAUAAAGUUAAUGGAACAACUACACCAAUUAAUUCUGCCUUUAAAAGAUUAAUUGGAGGAGGGUUGUUAAUUAUUUCUUUUAUUCCCUUAAUUGUUACAAAAAUACUUUUUCUUCGAAUCUAA